UUCAGUUACUCCUCCCGCCUUCCUAGCUCAUAACCGAAAAUCGAAACUGCGCUGGGGACCAUGCAGCAGGAGCCAGCACCCGUCCGUCCUUCGGGGCCUCAUCAGGAUUCCACACUGCCCUACAUGCCCACUAUGUCGCCCCCAGAGAACCCCUCCGAAGACCACCAGUCCAGCCCCAGCCCCACGAAGCAAACCGUGGAGGAGGAAUUCCAGUUCCUGUGCUGCCAGAGUUGCAAGGUUGAAGCCAAGUGCCCUAAGUUGCUGCCUUGUUUGCAUACACUGUGCUCGGGAUGUCUGCAGGCAUCGGGCGCACAGUGUCCCAUAUGCCAGGCGUCCUGGUCCCCGGGAGCUAAUAUACAGGCCCUGGAUAACAUCUUCUUCGAGAGUCUACAGCGGCGUCUGUUGAUGUAUCAGCAGGUCGUGGGCGUCCAUGCAGCUUGCACACGUUGCAAAGAACUCGCUGACUUCUGGUGCUUUGAGUGUGAGCAGCUACUCUGCAAAAAGUGCUUUGACGCUCACCAGUGGUUUGUUAAGCAUGAGGCCCGACCUCUGGCAGAUUUCUGCAACCAAUCGGUGGAAGAGUUCCUAGAGCGCACACGCAAAUCCAACAACAUCUUCUGCUCCAACUCCAAGCAUCAUACCCCUGAGCUGACUAGCAUCUACUGCCGGGGCUGCUCCAAGCCCUUGUGCUGCACAUGCGCGCUCCUGGACAAAGGCCACAGCGAGGACAAAUGUGACAUCAGUACUGAGAUCGAGCAGCGGCAGGAGGAGUUGGACACCAUGACACAGGCACUGCAGGAACAGGACAGUGCCUUCGGUGCUGCACAAGCACAGAUGCACUCGGCCAUCAGCCAGCUGGGCAGAUCGUGUGCUGAUACCAAGAAGCUGAUCCAAGAGCAUGUGAACAAUGUGGUAAAGCAUGUGAGGGCGCUUGAGUGUGAGCUGAUUCAGAGCGUGGAGGCCCAGUACAAGCGUGACAACCAAGAGAUGGCCCAGCACCUAGACCGCCUGGAUGCUGUUUUGCAGCGUAUCCGUACAGGUGGCAUACUCGUGCAGAAGAUGAAGCGCUAUGCCUCUGACCAGGAGGUGCUGGACAUGCAUGGCUUUCUGCGUGAGGCACUCUGCCGCCUGCGUCAAGAGGAUCCCCAGAGCCUGCAAGUCCCCAUGCACACUGAUGGCUUUGAGAAGUUCAAGGAAGAGUUCAAGGAGCGCCUGAAGGACCUUGUAUCUUGUGUCAUUCAGGGGACAGAUGUAGCUCAACCCAGGAAAGCCAGCCCAGAGAUUGCCAUGGAUCCUUUUGACGUUGACCUGCCAGAGGAGGCCCAGAAGACUGAGGAGCAGGCCCUAGGACUGUCUGAGGACCAGCCAGUGGCUGUGGUACAACAAGUGCCUGGGGCACACCCUGUGCCGGUAUUUGCGUACUCCAUCAAAGACACCUACUACGGAGAGGACAUCUCCAGCCCACCCACACCCCAGAAGAGGAAGUCCUGCCAGACUGACAGCCCCAGGAAAAUCAUCAAGAUCGAGUCUGAGGAGAAGUCCAAGGAGGCAAGGUUGGCCCAGAGCUCCCCUGAUCAGCCCAGGCCCAGCACCUCCAAGGUAGUCUCACCACCCCACCUGGAUGGGUCCCCCAGUCCCAAGACCCCCGUCGCUGGAAAUGAGAUCUACCUGCCUAACAACGACCCUACGACCGACGAGCCUGCGGAGGCAGAGGAGCGCGUUGUGGUGAUCAGCAGCUCAGAAGACUCAGAUGCUGAAAACUCGUCCUCCCGAGAGCUAGAUGACAGCAGCAGCGAAUCCAGUGUCUUCCAGCUGGAGAGCCCCAGCUCUUUGAGAAUUCUGAAUGAGAACCUCGCCGAUUCCCCAGCAGAAGACAGGCCCCUGGUUUUCUUUGACCUCAAGAUUGACAAUGAAACCCAGAAGAUUAGCCAGCUGGCAGCAGUAAACCAGGAAAGCAAGUUCCGAGUGCUUAUCCAACCCGAGGCCACCUUCAGCAUCUACUCCAAGGCCGUGUCCUUGGAGGUGGGUCUGCAGCACUUCCUCCGCUACUUGAACUCCAUGCACCGCCCCAUCCUGGCCUGCUAUAAGCUAUGGGGGCCUGGCCUCCCUGACUUCUUCCAGGCCCUGGAGAACAUGAACAGCCUGUGGGAGUUCCAGGAGGUCAUCUCGGGCUUCCUGGCCACGCUGCCCCUGAUCCGGGAGCACGUGCCCGGGGCCAGCAGCUUCAAACUCAAGAACCUGACCAAGACCUACCUAGCAAGAAACAUGAAUGAACGCAGUGCCCUGGCCACUGUGCUUGCCAUGCGUGACCUGUGCCACCUCCUUGAGGUCUUCUCAGGCCUCCCACUGGCCCAGCAUGUCUACUCCUUCAGCAGCCUGCAAUGCUUUGCAUCCCUGCAGCCCCUGGUGCACUCAGCCGUCCUGCCCCGGGCUGAAGCUCGUCUUAUGGCCCUCCACAAUGUGAGCUUCAUGGAGCUGCUGGAGACCUACCGCCGAGACCCUCAGUGGGGCUUGAGGAAAUACAGCCGCUAUCUGAGCCUGCAGGUUGCUCCAGAGUCACCCACCCAGCCUGCUUUCAACCUACAGGCUCUUUGUGCUUACUUUGAAAACCUACUGGCACCCUCCAGCCAUAGGUUGGCAGAAAGGGCCUCCAAGCAGAGCUGA